CCGAUUUCCUGAUAAGAUUUUCUGCCUGGCCAUCAGAAGAAUGAAGCCUGGGAGCAGUGAACAAAUGUCUGCGCUCUAUACCAUUCAACCAGUUAGUGACUGCAUCCGCAGCGAAAUGAGAGUCAUUAUCCGUCACUAACACCAUGGGAAAUUCUUUGUCGACUAAACAUCUUUCUCAAUGCUUGGAUUGUGAAGUCAGAUAUUGUUGAAGUUGUGAUAAACUUCAGGCCACUCAGAAACAGAGUCAAUAAUUACGAGUGCAUAGUAUUGGCCGAGAAAUGGACCACAAUAGUCUGGAUGAAUUUUCCGCCAGGCCUCAGGUGAUACUGUCCAUGGACUUAAUUUCGAACGCUGAUUUCUGGACUUAUGAUAUUUUUCACAAUUGUUUGCUGUACGACAUGUAUCUGAAUUUAUCUCUGACCACCAACAUGAUCGUCCAGAAAUGUAGUUAUCGUGUUGAAUUUGUUUGGCACUCCUGCACUGAACCGUGUAGUCAUGGACACUCAAAGCAAUACUCCAUCGUUGAACCAUAGCAUCCGAGCAACGUGCUAAGGGUUUUUCGGGAUGAUAAAUAAACU